GGUUUUGCAAUUCAAGAUUAUUGUUCCGCAGUAGGCUGAUUCUGUUUAGCAGUUCCGACAAAUCUGGAUCUAUAGUCUAGAUAUCUAGAUAUAGAUCUAGAGUCUAUAUUUGUUUUUUUUAUAUAGAUCUAUCUUGCUAUAGAUCUAGUCUAGAUAUAUUUCUAACUCUAGAUCUAGCUGGAAUAAAUUUGUGUAACAUUCUGUGAUUCUUAAGUAAUGGAUUUAUUUUCAAUUGACCAAUAAUAAUAAGUGAAAGUGAAUAACUAAAACUUCAAUAAGCCUACAUAACAUUUCAUUAUCUAGACUAUUUAUUUAAGUUUUUGAGCUCGCCCUCGGUAAGUCAGUAGAGUUUAGACUAGAGUGCUGACCCAGGAGUAGAGUGAUCACAAUAACAAAAAGACUUGAAGAACGACAUCAUACUGCAUCGUUAACUGACGCUAUUUCCCUGGAGAACCCCCCUUCCCUCCAACCACUUGCCCCCCAGUCAGUAGCACAUCGGUAAUGGGGUCAUUCAUGGCUGAAUGCUUGGAUUAUUAUUAUGCCACAGUGUCGAUGCAGUAGCCUCCAUCGUUGACAAAGCUUUUGACCUCGACUCCAGUAGACUUGAAACAAACAGAAGAACGGCGUUAGUUCAGCAUAAUGAUGGGUCACGGCAGUGAUGACCACCACAUUCAUGUUUACAAACUCCUGAUAGUGGUGCUGGUCAUCUUUGCCCGUUCCUAUGACUGUCAGGACUUUAAGAGCAACAAUGUGCAGGCACUGUCCAAUCUAACCGGCAUUGAAGGCGCGGGCAAGGUGCAGGUGCACAAUAAUGGGCAACAAGGCUUCCACCAGACAGGAGAAGAAGGACGUUCUGCUGAUGUGAACCAGCCUGUUCAAGAUGCAGUUCAUAUUGACUUCAACCAAGAGAAGAAAUCAUCAAAUACAACCUACAAUCAGCCACUUGCUGGUCAAGCUGUUCAGCAGGAAAUCAAUGCAGUCCCAAAGGUACCAGAGGAUGAGAAGCUCCGUGAGCAAGCCUGGUUAAAAGAAAUGCACAAGAAAACCCAAGCCAAGUAUUUGGAAAUGAAGAGGCAGGCUGAACUGGCCAAGACAACUGUUGCUGCAGGCCAGCCAGAAGAGUCUGUUGAUAAGAAACUAAGAGAUGUAGAGAGGAACAUGAAACAGAGGGGUGAGGAAACCAUCAAGAAAUCUACUGAGCACUUGGUGGUUCAAGGUCAGGCUGACAACAACCGAAUUCCUGUUGUAGAAAACAAAGAAAGGCCUGUAGAUCGCUUGAGUUUGUCUGAUGACCUUGGCAGCAGACGCACAGCCAGCCCAAUUUCUGACAGUAACCAGAACAACGUUAAUAACAACAAUGUCCAAAACAGCAACAGCGACAACAAUAAUAAUAUCCCUCAGUGGAACAGCAACAAUAAUGACAAUAACCAACCGCAAUUUGGACAGGUUAACGACAACAGGCAGCAAGAAUUUCAACAGCAGCCAAAUGCUCAGCGUCAGCCUCAGCAGCCACAGAUUGGAGGCAUCAACCUUAGUUGGGACUGGGAGGACUUCUCCAUUAUGUUCAAUAACUAUGGUGCUGCUGAAAUGAAAGUCAGACGUGCCCCCCACCCAUCCACUGGGGAACCUUGGCCUAUGCCACAGUAUUACUCCAAGAAAGACAAUAAAGUGUAUCAGAUCAGCCGAGAUCUUCGUUUUGUCAGCACUGGAAUUACAUGUGAUAUCCUCGAUGAAGCCCUUGUCCGACAUCUCCAGAGGACAUUGCGGGGAUCUGUAGAGGACAUGUAUGACAACCUUCAGAACGCGGAGGGUACCAAUAUUGAAGAUCCAGCUUUGCGCUAUGAGAAAGAUGAGUUUGUCAAUGCUCCUGUCAUUACCAGUGUGGAAAUCAAAGUCAGAAAACCUUGUGAUAAAUACCCGAGUCUGGAGUCUGAUGAGUCAUAUGAUUUGGUGGUCAAGAAAAAGAAAACAUACAUUUGGGCCAAUGAGAUUUGGGGAGUACUUCGAGGAUUGGAAACCUUUGGUCAGCUGGUGUGGACAGGACCUAAGGAUAAUAUUCUUUAUAUUAAAGAAACUGUGGUCAGUGAUUAUCCAAGAUUUCCCCAUCGUGGUCUGCAUGUAGACACAUCAAGACAUUACCUCUUCAAAGAAGUGCUUCUUGAUAUAUUGGAUAGCAUGGAAAUGAACAAACUGAAUGUGUUCCACUGGCAUAUAGUUGAUGACCAGUCCUUUCCUUAUGAGAGUCAGGUCUACCCUGAACUGAGCAGGAAGGGAGCCUUUCACCCAACAUAUGUCUAUAGCCUGGAGGACAUCAGUGAGAUCAUAGAGUACGCUAGGAUGCGUGGUAUUCGGGUCAUGCCUGAGUUUGAUACACCAGGUCACACCUAUUCCUGGGGCUUGAGCCGUCCUGAACUGUUGACUCAGUGCUACUCUGGCAGUAGCCCAGUUAAAGGCUACUUAGGGCCCAUUGAUCCUAGCAAAAAUUCCACCUAUAGAUUUCUCAAGACACUGUUUCAGGAAGUCAUGGAUGUAUUUAAAGAUCAAUACCUGCACUUGGGAGGGGAUGAAGUACCCUUAGGUUGUUGGCAAUCCAAUGCUGAGGUCAUGGCCUUUGCUACUGAACUUGCCAAGUUGCGACAGAGCCAACAGCAACAACCUAAUGCUCAGUCUGUCAACUCCAACCAACAGUUCCAGAGUUGGUCCAUCUGGUCUGACGAUGUGAAACGAGUUUAUGAAUAUUAUGAAAAUAGAUUGAUCCAGAUCCUGAAUGAAUUAGGAAAGAAGAGAAAGAAGGGAAUUAAAUACAUCAUGUGGCAAGAAGUCAUGAACAACAACCUUCAGUUGCCUAAUGACACCAUCAUUCAGGUCUGGAUGGGGGAUAUGGGAGAUGUGAUGAGGGCUACCUCCCUAGGCUAUCAUGUACUCUAUUCCACAUGUUGGUACAUGGACCACAUUGAGUAUGGAACUAAAUGGCCCAAAUACUACAACUGUGAUCCAGUAGAUGCCAGUUAUGGUUAUCACAUUGAUGAGAAAAAAGUUCUGGGUGGAGAGGCAGCUUUUUGGUCAGAAUAUUUUACCAAUGAGAAUCUCAUCCCCAUGAUGUGGCCUAGAGCAUCAGCAGCUGCAGAAAGAUUAUGGAGCAGUAAAGAUGUGAGAAAUCUAGACAAAGCAGCAGAAAGGUUAACUGAACAUCGUUGUCGAAUGUUGAAGAGAGGAAUUAAUGCUGGUGAGAUUAAUGGGCCUGGCUACUGUCUACAUGCCCCACCAAGACGUCGUCUGUUUAAUGACACUGUUGGUUGUCAGGGUGGUAAUUGCAGCCGCACACAUAAUAUUGUACACAUUGAGGACAUUCAGUUGACUCUGAGUCAAAAAGGAAGUCUAGCAGAUUGUGGCAGUUUUUUCAACAAAGGAGGUAUUAGUGCUUUUAUUGUUUUACUUCUGGUGCUGCUGGCUCUAGCAGCAUUGUAUGCACUGUCCAAGUCAUCCUCUAAGUUGCACAGACUUCGCAUCUGUAAGAACCGGUCUAUCCUGUUGGUGUUUGUGGUGGUUAUACUGGUGUACUUCCUCUGCUACACCACCAUCUGGAUGCGAGGUUUUGAAUUUUCAGGCUCAUUCCACAAAACAUUGCAGGAAGAUAAUCUCUCCGAGGCUGGACAUGGCCAUAACAAACUGACCACCUCCUAGCAUGAGUACUAGGUCCAAGAGAUCCAGUUGUAAGGAGGACUAAGCAAGUCAUUAUGGAAAGCAAGAGCUCUUGUAGCUAGUGGGAUGACAGAAUGAACUAUCAAAACAUUGAAAUCACCCACAGGUUUGACUUGGUCCAGUCUCUCCUCUUUGAGUUGUGUACUAGGAUAGAUAGUCUGGGUCUUAUCUGUACCACUGACCAUUGUUUGUAAGGUAGAGACCGGUGACGAAUACUUGAUUACCUUUUAUUUUUAGGGUAAUUUUUAAUGUGACUUUUCUUUGUUUAAACAUAAAUUUAUCAUAACAUGGUAUUUCAUUCAUUUUUUUUAAUGCUUAAAAAAAAUGUUGACCAGACAUCCAGUAAUAUUUUCAAAUUAAAAAGACUGAAUAGACAAUAGUUGUAGAAAUAAGCAGUUUUUCUAAUUCAGAAAUAUUUGUGACAUUGAUUUGUUACUUAUGUUGUUAGCGAGAUUGACUCUGACUGACUGCUUCAAAAAUGACAGCAUAAAUAACUUUGGAUCAGCUCAAUUAAAAGAAAAAAAAUGUUCUCACUGACUGAGAAGAAAGGUUACCAUGUUUUUGAAAGAAUUUUUUUUUUAUUGAGUUGGCUUUAAACUUGUACACUUUUUACAAAUCUGGACAAUUAAGUAGACACCUAGAUGAGUAGUACAUUAUCCAAUAAUAUGGUUCAUGUUUUCUUAAUAUACAACAGAAGCUGGCAGUGUCAUAUGUUGAUAUACUUUCAAAUAUUCUUUGGUUCAAAUGUUUGUUGACAUUAUUCCUUUAGUUAGAACAUUUCUAUUGGUCUCUAGCCAAAGCUUUUUUCCAUAGGUUUUGUUGAUGGAUGUGCAGCCCUGAAUUAUGUUGUUGUUGUUUCUUUUUCAUGUUUGUGUUGUUUUUUUUUAACAUUUGACUUAAUUUCCAGUCCUAAACAUUGUGAUACAGUUGACUAGAACUAUGUUAUAUGAUACAGUCAUCUAGAACUAUGCUAUAUGAUACAGUGGUCUAGAACUCUGUUAUAUCAUACAAUGGUCUAGAACUAUGUUAUAUGAUACAGUGGUCUAGAACUAUGUUAUAUGAUACAGUGGUCUAGAACUCUGUUAUAUGAUACAGUGGUCUAGAACUCUGUUAUAUGAUACAGUGGUCUAGAACUCUGUUAUAUGAUACAGUGGUCUAGAAAUCUGUUAGAUCUCAUUGAACAUCAGAUAGACAUUUAUAAGAAGAGAAGGACAAGUUAUUAUUUUCAUUUUUAUUUAAAAUUUUUAAAAGUUUAAAAAAAAAAAAGAUUAAAAUCCAAAACCUUUAGCGUAGUUUGUCUUCUGUUUGGUCAGUUGUACAUCAGACCUGGGCAUUACUAACCCCAAAAUCAUUUUUGUAUGUCAAAAGUGCACUCCAAGAAAUCAUGGCCAAACAGUGAGCUCCAACUGUUAAUUAUUGGCCUCAAUUAACAUAGAUUGAAAUUAUAGCUAAAAGUGUGUGUAAAUUGUGUUUUGUGACAAUGUUUCACAACUUCGGCAAUGCCUGGCUCUUUUUCAAGGAUUAGUAAAGAAACAAAAAAAAAACUAUUUGAAUGUAUUUUUCUAAUAGGGAGAAACUUUGAAAAGCCAAAUCAGCUGAGGUGGUAUAUGGCAGAAACAAAAUGUUCAAGAUACCUCUGUAGUGACAAAUUCUAUUUAUUUCAAUGCCUUUGAUAUUUGGUAUGAUAACAAGUCAACUUAGGAAUGCGAUAACCAAUUUGUUGGAACUCAUAAAGAAACAAAAAUUACAAAGCAAGACAUGCAAACCUAUUUGCACCAAUAAAACUGCCCAUGUUUGAUUCUGUUGAAUAACCUGCAUGUAAAUAGUGACCCAGUCUCUCAUUGAAUUGAACUUUAUUGCCUAACCUUAGAUUAUGUAGCCAGCAAUUAGUGAAAGCCUUGUUGUCUGACAUAGCUUGAACUAAGUUUUUUUUUUUUUUCAUCAUAUGUAUGCAUGCUUUUUUUUUUUAUUUACAUUUCUUUAUAAAUGUCUGCAUGACUAAUAAGAAUGUCUCCUCCCCCCCCCCCCCCUCUUCUUUGUCCACCCCUCUGCAUGUGUGUACACGUCUGCAUUGCUAUUGUAAAGUACCCUUCUAAUACCCGGAAGUGAAUUGUGAAUUUCCCAUGAUUGUAACCAUUGAUUUCUAGACCUGAUUGUUUGGCUGAGCUUGCCCCUUCCUCCUAAUGCACACCUUUAUAGAAUUGUUUGUAUUACUUAGAUUUGACUGAAGAGUUCUGAAGGAAGGGGAAGUCAUUCUCCCUAACCUAGUUUUUGUUUGAAAUGUUGGUUGUUUUAUUUUUCAUUCAAUGCAUAAUGACUCAUUUCUUCUACACUUUGCCAUAAGCAUCCAUUGUUUUAUUUACUAUUAUAAUAUAUUCUUUACAUACAUUGAAUUAUGUACAAAUUGUUAUACCAUGUCUCUGGCCUAGUAGAAUCCAAAGUUUUUAUACAGUUCCUGUUUAUAUUUUGUUUUUGGUCCUAAAACAGAACUCUACAUUUAUUUGUUUUGGUGGAAGUAUUACUCUAUUGAUGAUGCAUAACAUAAACAAUUCACUUUUGAACCAACAGCCUGUGAUGUAGUCCUUGUGUUCAGCUUGGUCUCAGCCUGGUCUAGACUUGAGCAUCGCUAGUGUACAUGAUGUAGUGCAGUAGAGAGUGGGUUUGAAUCCAACUGGCUGUUUGGAUUGGCUUGGAAUGAACUCACUUGGCCAUACUUGCUUGAUACAGUGGAUUCACAGUGUGCCAAAAAGCCUGAGACUAGACCUCCUUUGUUCAAUUAUUUGUGGACAUUUUAAAACUGGGAUUUGGGCUCUAGUUUUAUAUUUCUCAUUGAACCUCAUUCUAAUAGUUUCAAGUUCAGAUUUUGUCACAUUUAAAAAAAAAUAGACUUAUUGUAAUUUAUAGGACAAAUAACAUUUACGUAGACAAUAAAGAAACUUAGGGUGGAGUGUAACUGAGGUGUUGACACCUUGGCCAUUUAACCUCUUAAUAAAACAUGCAGGUUUUUGCAAGUACAAGCAGCAGUUUUGGCCAGGCCUAUGUUAUUGUCUUCUCGUGGCUGUGCUUUAUAAUGCAUUCUAUCAUUCUUUUUGAAUCCAGUCUUAGCUCUGCCCACCUAAACAUUUAUCAAUAAAAAUGUGUUUCAAGUUUUGAUGACUGGUACCUAUAUCAGUAUCACACGCUCCUUGGGUAUCUUUGAGGGUCAACUCUUCUUUAGAACUUGAUUAUACCAACCGAUUUAUGAUUUGUUUGACUUAUUUUUUUCAUUCAUUUUUGAACAUUGUCAGUAAAAUAUGUUUGUAUUGUUUCUUUCAUUUGUGUUGUGUCCAAUAGGUUGACUAUUUAGUGACUCCACCAACUUAGUGACUCUUCUAAUGUCAUGAACUUUGCUCAGUCAUGGCUUAAAGAAGUCAUUUUGAAGUCUGCAUUGUUUGACAUGGGUGUGAAAGGCUGCGUUUUUUUUCUUGAAUGAAAAGGGAAAUAAUUAGAAUUUAUUUUGAUCAUUCUGAGGAUGUUCCCUGAAUUUUAAGUCUUCAAAAAGAGCUGCUAUUCCAACCAUAUUUAUUUGAUAGUAAAUCACUUUUAUUAUCAGCAACAAUGACAGCAUGCAGGAGGUGGGUAAGCUGCAAAAAAUGACCAGGACUGACCAGCUUGUCUCUUUAGAGGGAGCAUGUAACAGUAAAGAAUAGAAUUAUCUUCUUGGAAAGCUUUGAGGGAGAUGGUUCUCAGCUAAACUGUUUCAUUUGACAAACAAAGUGUAGAUCUUUUAAAAAUCAGAACAUAACUUGAUAAACUGACAAAACUUUUUCUUCAUUUUUACUAUGUAACUGUGUGAGCUUAUGACCUCUGAACUUGGAAAGAAAAGUUUGUAACAUGUCUUGAAGUGAGAGCUUGAUUUACAUGAGAAGCUGUUCAUGGCACAAAUUGAUAAAUGCAUUCAAGAUGUAUUGUAUUAGUGGAUGAGAACACAACUACAUUGUCUCUAUGUAUUGAGGUUUUGCUUAUUUUCUUAGGUCUGGCAGAUGGAUGUGUGCUGAAUCAUCUUUCAUUCACAUACUAAACUAAUCUCUAGGCCAUGGGUGUAGGUCCACACAGUUUAUGUGUUCUGCUGCCAUUGUUGUGGUCAUCUUGGUUUUGUUGUUUCCUUUUGGUGGAGUCAGCAAUAAAACAUAGUGCGCAAUACGCUAUCACCCUCCCACUCCAACAUCUAAUUGUUUAAUGGUACACUAGCUGAUGUACUGUGUUGUCAGUGACACCAACAUGCCACUAGCUGAUGUACUGUGUUGUCAGUGACACCAACAUGCCACUAGCUGAUGUACUGUGUUGUCAGUGACACCAACAUGCCUCUAGCUGAUGCACUGUGUUGUCAGUGACACCAACAUGCCACUAGCUGAUGCACUGUGUUGUCAGUGACACCAACAUGCCACUAGCUGAUGCACUGUGUUGUCAGUGACACCAACAUGCCACUAGCUGAUGCACUGUGUUGUCAGUGACACCAACAUGCCACUAGCUGAUGCACUGUGUUGUCAGUGACACCAACAUGCCACUAGCUGAUGCACUGUGUUGUCAGUGACACCAACAUGCCACUAGCUGAUGCACUGUGUUGUCAGUGACACCAACAUGCCACUAGCUGAUGCACUGUGUUGUCAGUGACACCAACAUGCCACUAGCUGAUGCACUGUGUUGUCAGUGACACCAACAUGCCACUUGCUGAUGUACUGUGUUGUCAGUGACACCACAUGUCACUAGCUGAUGUACUGUGUUGUCAGAGACACCACAUGCCACUAGUGGAUGUACUGUGUUGUCAGAGACACCACAUGCCACUAGUGGAUGUCAUGAAGUAGAUAUAUUUCAAUUAAAAUGGACAAUUUUGUG